AUGUCAUAUUGCUUCCGGCUUAGAGAGGAGAGGGUGAAUUCCGCUGUUGGGGAAGUUGCGGAUACGCUGCACUGUCGCUCUCGUGAGGCUGAGGGGCUUUCCCCCAUACCACGACACUUCCUUCCUCCACGCAAGCCGCCCACGCCCGUCAUCCUAGCCGGGCGCAGGAGGACAGGAGAGAAAUUAAAUCAAAGUCAACAGGAGACUAACCAGCCGGUGAGAGCAGGCAAGGAGCCGCAGCACGACAACGGAGCCGCAGCACGACACUGCAGCCGCAGCACGACACCGCUGCCGCAAGACGAAACCGCAGCCGCAGCACGACAACGGAGCCGCAGCACGACACCGCAGCCGCAGCACGACACCGCUGCUGCAAGACGAAACCGCAGCCGCAGCACGACAACGGAGCCGCAGCACGACACCGCAGCCGCAGCACGACACCGCAGCCGCAGCACAACACCGCAGCCGCAGCACGACAUCGCAACCGCCGCACGACACCGCAGCCGCAGCACGACACCGCAGCCGCAGCACGACACCGCAGCCGCAGCACGACACCGCAGCCGCAGCACGACACCGCAGCAGCAGCACGACACCGCAGCCGCAGCACGACACCGCAGCCGCAGCACGACACUGCAGCCGCAGCACGACACCGCAGCAGCAGCACGACACCGCAGCAGCAGCACGACACCGCAGCCGCAGCACGACACCGCAGCCGCAGCACGACACCGCAGCAGCAGCACGACACCGCAGCCGCAGCACGACACCGCAGCCGCAGCACGACACCGCAGCCGCAGCACGACACCGCAGCCGCAGCACGACACCGCAGCCGCAGCACGACACCGCAGCCGCAGCACGACACCGCAGCAGCAGCACGACACCGCAGCCGCAGCACGACACCGCAGCCGCAGCACGACACCGCAGCCGCAGCACGACACCGCAGCCGCAACACGACACCGCAGCCGCAGCACGACACCGCAGCAGCAGCACGACACCGCAGCCGCAGCACGACACCGCAGCCGCAGCACGACACCGCAGCAGCAGCACGACACCGCAGCCGCAGCACGACACCGCAGCAGCAGCACGACACCGCAGCCGCAGCACGACACCGCAGCACGACACCGCAGCCGCAGCGAAGGAGGGGCGCCGCAGGCCUUCCCCUCUGCCGCCGCCAUUCCCUCCUACCGGCGGCCCGCAGCGGCACCGGAGGAGAGCGAGAGGGAACUUUGA